GCGCUACACCCUUGGCACCAGCUGGGGGCGAGCAGACCUCGAGCAGCCGCCGCCGCCGCAGCCGUUGCGAUCGCAGCAGCGGGGUUCAGAGGCCCCGGAGGUGGGUGACUUCCCACUCGGUGACUGAGAUGUCGUCCACCGCAGCUUUUUACCUUCUCUCCACCCUAGGAGGGUACUUGGUGACCUCAUUCUUGUUGCUUAAAUACCCGACUUUGCUGCACCAGAGAAAGAAGCAGCGAUUCCUCAGUAAACACAUCUCUCACCGUGGAGGUGCUGGAGAAAAUUUGGAGAAUACAAUGGAAGCCUUUCAGCAUGCAGUCACACUUGGAACUGAUAUGUUGGAAUUGGACUGCCAUAUCACAAAAGAUGAACAAGUUGUAGUAUCACAUGAUGAGAACCUGAAGAGAUCAACUGGGGUCAAUGUAAACAUCUCUGAUCUCAAAUACUGUGAGCUCCCGUCUUACCUUGGUAAACUGGACGUCCCAUUUCAAAGAGCGUGCCAGUGUGAAGGAAAAGAUAACCGAAUUCCAUUACUGAAGGAAGUUUUUGAUGCCUUUCCUAAUACCCCCAUUAACAUCGAUAUCAAAGUCAACAACAAUGUGCUGAUUAAGAAGGUUUCAGAAUUGGUGAAGCAGUAUAAGCGAGAACACUUAACAGUAUGGGGUAAUGCCAGUUAUGAAAUUGUAGAAAAGUGCUACAAAGAGAAUUCAGAUAUUCCUAUACUCUUCAGUCUACAACGUGUUCUGCUUAUUCUUGGCCUUUUCUUCACUGGCCUCUUACCUUUUGUGCCCAUUCGAGAACAAUUUUUUGAAAUCCCAAUGCCUUCUAUCAUACUGAAGCUAAAAGAACCACACACCAUGUCCAGAAGUCAAAAGUUUCUCAUCUGGCUUUCCGAUAUUUUAUUAAUGAGGAAAGCUUUAUUUGACCACCUCACUGCCCGAGGCAUUCAAGUGUAUGUUUGGGUAUUAAAUGAAGAACAAGAGUACAAAAGAGCUUUCGAUUUGGGAGCAACUGGAGUGAUGACAGAUUAUCCAACAAAGCUCAAGGAUUUUUUACAUAAUUUUUCAGCAUAGAAAAAGGAAGUAUUCAAAGAAAACACAAAAAGACCUAAGAAAAUAAAAUUUCACCGUCAUUUCCCUAAGAUAUUUCCAGAAUGGUAAAAGUUUUAAUCAGUUAAGUUUUUAUUACCUCAUUUUUAAGCCUGUAUGAGAAUGUAGAAACAAUAUAUUGUAUAUUUAUUUCAAACAAUAUUGCAUAUUUCACAUUUGUAAAUUGUUUAGAAAGAUAACUUGUUUUGAGAUGUAAGUAGAUUAUUAAGAUGUCUGUAUAUACCAGUGUGGUGGAACAUUCCUGUAAUCCCAGCAGCUCGGGAGGCUGAGGUAGGAGAAUAACAAGUUUGAAGCCAGCCUCAGCAAUUUAGC